CUGCGGCAGCGGCUGCGGGGCGCCGAGGUGCUGCGGGAGACCUGCCGGCAGUACCCGCUCUUUUGCUGCCUCCUCCUGGGGCUGGGCGCCGCCACCCUCCUCCUCAACCGGUAUCUUCACGUUUUAAUGAUCUUCUGGUCAUUUGUGGCUGGUGUCGUCACCUUCUACUGUUCGUUGGGACCGGAUUCCCUCUUGCCCAAUAUUCUUUUUACAAUAAAAUAUAAACCCAAGCAAUUAGAAUUGCCGGAGCUAUUUCCCCAUGGUCACAGUUGUGCUGUAUGUGGCAAGGUCAAAUGCAAGAGGCACAGACCUACUUUGCUUUUGGAAAACUAUCAGCCAUGGCUGGAUCUGAAAGUGCCUUCCAAGGUUGAUGCAUCACUCUCGGAGGUGCUUGAGUUGGUGCUGGAAAACUUCAUUUAUCCAUGGUACAGAAAUAUUACUGACGAUGAAUCCUCAGUGGAUGAACUGAGAGGCACACUGCGGUUUUUUGCAUCUGUAUUAGUUCGGAGAAUUCACAAGGUGGAUAUUCCAACUGUUGUAACAAAGAAGAUGCUCAAGGCAGCAAUGAAACACAUCGAAGUGAUAGCCAAGGCCAGGCAGAAAGUAAAAAAUGCAGAAUUUCUACAGCAAGCUGCUUUAGAAGAAUAUGGACCAGAACUCCAUGUUGCUUUGAGAAGCCGAAGAGAUGAACUUCACUACUUAAGAAAACUUACUGAACUUCUUUUUCCUUAUAUUUUGCCCCCAAAGUCAACAGAGUGCAGAUCUCUGGCUCUUCUGAUAAGAGAGAUUCUGCCUGGUUCCGUUUUCCUUCCCUCAAUGGAUUUCUUAGCUGAUCCUGAUACUGUCAACCAUUUGCUGCUGAUCUUCAUUGAUGAUAGUCCACCUGAGAAAGCAACUGAACCUAGUUCUUCAUUGGUUCCAUUCCUUCAGAAAUUUGCAGAGCCAAGAAACAAAAAACCAUCUGUCCUGAAACUGGAGCUAAAGGAGAUCAGAGAUCAGCAAGACCUUUUAUUUCGGUUUAUGAACUUCCUGAAACAGGAAGGGGCAGUCCAUGUGCUGCAGUUCUGCCUGACUGUAGAGGAAUUCAAUGACCGAAUUUUGCGACCAGAACUAUCAGAUGCUGAAAAGAUGUCUCUUCAUGAGGAAGUACAGAAAAUUUACAAAACUUACUGUUUGGAUGAAAGCAUUGACAAAAUUAGAUUUGAUCCUUUUAUUGUGGAAGAGAUUCAAAGAAUUGCUGAAGGUCCAUACAUGGAUGUUGUGAAACUUCAAACUAUGAGGUGUCUUUUUGAAGCUUAUGAGCAUGUACUUUCUCUACUUGAGAACGUUUUUACUCCUAUGUUCUGUCACAGUGAUGAGUACUUCAGACACCUUUUAAGAGGAGCAGAGUCACCAACACGCAAUUCAAAGUUUAACAGAAGUAGCCUGAGUUUGGAUGACUUCCGGACCACACAGAAGAGAGGAGAAUCAUUUGGAAUCAGCAGAAUAGGCAACAAAAUAAAAGGUGUAUUCAAGAGUUCUGCGAUGGAAGGCGCUAUGUUGCCUAACUAUAAUUUAAAUGAAGGAGAAGAUGACUUUAUUGAAGAAGGCGUUAUGGUGAUGGAAGAUGAUUCUCCCGAGGAGGCUGUUAGUACCCCAAAUACACCCCGCAACCUUGCUGCAUGGAAAAUUAGUAUCCCAUAUGUAGAUUUUUUUGAUGAUCCCUCCUUGGAAAGAAAAGACAGAAAGGAGAGAAUUCCUGUAUUCUGCAUUGAUGUAGAGAGAAAUGAUAGAAGGGCAGUUGGGCAUGAACCUGAACACUGGUCUGUCUACAGGAGGUAUCUUGAAUUUUAUGUGCUUGAGUCGAAGCUAACGGAAUUUCACGGUACGUUUCCUGAUGCUCAGCUUCCCUCAAAGAGAAUCAUUGGCCCCAAGAACUACGAGUUCUUAAAAUCCAAGAGAGAGGAGUUUCAGGAAUAUCUGCAGAAACUUCUGCAACAUCCAGAACUAAGUAACAGCCAGCUUUUAGCUGACUUCCUUUCCCCUAAUGGAGGAGAGACUCAGUUUCUUGAUAAAAUGUUGCCUGACGUGAAUCUUGGUAAAAUUAUAAAAUCUGUUCCAGGAAAGCUGAUGAAAGAGAAAGGUCAGCAUUUGGAGCCAUUCAUCAUGAAUUUUAUCAACUCCUGUGAAUCUCCCAAGCCUAAACCAAGUAGGCCUGAACUUACCAUUUUGAGUCCCACUUCUGAAAACAACAAGAAGCUUUUCAAUGAUUUAUUCAAGAAUAACGCAAACCGGUCUGAGAAUACAGAAAGACGACAAAAUCAGAACUACUUCAUGGAAAUGAUGACUGUAGAAGGAGUCUAUGACUACUUAAUGUAUGUUGGUAGGGUAGUUUUCCGCAUUCCUGACUGGCUGCAUCAUCUCCUGAUGGGAGGAAGAAUUCUCUUCAAAAAUACAUUGGAACUGUACACUGACUAUUACUUGCAUUAUAAGUUAGAACAGCUAUUUCAGGAGCACCGGUUGGUUUCUCUGAUAACACUGCUAAGAGAUGCCGUGUUCUGUGAGAAUACAGAACCUCGCUCUCUCCAGGAUAAACAGAAGCGAGCAAAGCAGACUUUUGAAGAAAUGAUGAGAUACCUUCCAGAUUUAAUAGGCAAGUGCAUUGGAGAAGAAGCUAAAUACGAAGGCAUCAGACUUCUGUUUGAUGGAAUGCAGCAACCAGUGCUCAACAAACAGUUAACUUAUGUUCUGCUGGACAUUGGGAUUCAAGAACUCUUUCCAGAGCUGAGUAAGGGUCCGAAGGAAGCUAGCUCUGUGUCAUGUUGGAUGUGAAGGCAGGGACCUUGCCGGACACCCAGUAGAAACACCCACUGUGCACUAUUGUAAUGGACAUGUGACAUUUUAACCUUGCAUUGUAUAUUUUAUUGUAAAUAACGUAAAAUUUAAGUUCUAAAAAAUCUCUUUAUGCAAUAAAGACAUCAAAAUUUAAUACCAGUUACAAGUAAAUAAUACAUUUGUACUUCUUAUUUAAAAUUUGUUUUAUUUUUUACCAGUAAAAGUCACUUUCCCAAAAAUCUCUCCAUGUGAAAUUACAGGAUGACAUAAAAUAAGACAGCUGGGAGACAAGCCAAUGUAUGCUUAGCUAAAAGAGCAAUUACUAUUGCCUUCCUUAAAGGAUACGUAGAAAAAUUGUCUGGAGGAAGUUGUAGAAUGCCCCCAUGAAGUUACUUUUAACUGUCUUAACAAAUCUUACUAAUUUUUUUUUAAAACAUAAUUACAUGGUUGAAUCUAUUGUGUACAAAUAAUCUCAGAACUAUCUUUGGCCUUUAUGCUUUCCGUGAGCAUAGAAAAUCAUGUGUGUAAUUCAGUUUAUUUAUUAUCCGAUCUUCAAAUCUAAAGCACUCUUAAAUAAUAAUGGGUGUGAAAAGCGGUUUUGACUUUUACCUUAGCCUUCCUUUUCUGUGAUUUCUUACCUGGGUUUGUCGGGUGUUUUCUGGCAUCCUCUUUAGAGGCUUAGAAAAGAGGAUGUGAGUCUGUUCAUAACAUUUUCUAAAAAUUUAUUAGUAUAAAAAUGUGUGGAAGAUUUCCUGUAAAUCUUAAUUUAUUGGCCCAGCCUUUAUAAAAGAGACUUUGAAAAGGACUUUCGUGCCUGGAUUUUUAACAACUUUUACUCACAGAACAAUACAGAGUUAUUUUAAUAUGCAUUCCUCAGUUUUUCUUUUCAGACAACACCCAUUUUCUCCCUUUACAA